AUGUACCACCUCUACGCCAUGUGUGUCCACCAUGACCUGCGGGGUUCGACGGCUUCCGGUCAUUACGUGGCCUAUGCGCGUGAUCGGAAUGACCGAUGGUACCAUAUUGACGACGAGAUGGUGAGGCAGGUCCAGUGGGCCGAGGUUGAGGAGCAGCAUCCUUACCUUCUCUUCUACGCCGCCCAGAGUCCCGUAGACCUGGCCGAGCCCGUGCCGUCGGCCGAGGAAAAAGGCGGCCCGGAGGCGAGGGAAAGAGAAACAGAGAAAAAGACACCAACACUCCUUUCUUUCCGUUAG